CGCAAGGUGUGUUCGAUUGGCUUGUUCAAAUUGUUCGAUUUUCGGUUCGUUAAUUUAUACGUUAGUGGAUCAAAAAAACACUCAUUUAAAAAAAAUGCGGUUACUGUCAUCAAUAGCACUGCGAAAGUAAAAGAAACAAUCGAAGAAGGCUUUUCCGCUGACUUUUCGAUAUAAUUUCAACGCCAUUCAACAACUUGUAGCUUCUGUAGCUGCUUGGUUAAGGGAGUGCAAAAGGCACCCUCGGAAUGUUCCUGUUUUCAAGCACUUGUAUCAUUCCCUGGUCGGGGAGGAAAACUAUCAAUUGCAAUUACCUCACUCCCAAUCGAAUGUUUCGCCUGAACCUGCCACUAAUGGCACAUAGUGUUGCUUACGAUAUUCUGAAACGGUGCCCCCGUGCCGGGGUGUUAGUUUUAGGAGCGAAGUUUAGUUUUACGACCUACUAUUGUUAACGCGAUUCCUUCACACUUUCUAGUCGAUAUCGGGUUCGAACUACAAUCCCAGUUCCCCAGAAAGGUAGUUGGAUUGUUGACUCUAGCCAAAGUGGAUACCAAACUGCAAACGCGGGGUGCCGAUUGUUCAAUUUGGAAUCAAGUAGUUUAGCCGAACAGCGGAAAAGGAGUGGAAUUUCACUUCUACUCCAGUUGCCUUGGUGGAAAAAAUGAUGGCCAAUGUUGCGAUGACCGCUUGGGGAACGCACCAAAAAAGUGGCAAUUGCAAUACCGCUAAUGCUAAACUUGCGCGUUCCCCGAGUAAAUCCGGCAGUGGCAGUGGUCUGUUCAGCGAAACGCUAACGGCUGCGCUGGGAAACAUACGGAAAAGUCGCUUCAAGGAGAUAACCGAAGAACUGAGUCAGCACAUCAAUAAGGAGGAAAAUGAGGAACCGUACCAGAAACCGUUGUUCAACACGGAUAAGAUACGACGUAUGAUGCAGCGAAUCAUCGAGCGGCAAUUCGAAGUGGACGAAGAAGAACAACGGUACAUCUAUGAUCCGUCCAAGAAUCUCAAGAUGUGCCAGAAUAUAUCCAAGCAGAUUAAGGACCGUGUCAAGCAUAUGAAUUAUAAGCGACAUCGGAUUAUCAGUUUGGCUACGGUUGUGGAGAAACAACAGCAGGGCAUAUAUUACAAGAUGAAGUAUAUCCUUGAUCCGAAAAUGGACAACUAUAUUCGGUAUUACCAUGAAACACCACACUUUUAUGUGGUUGCAACCGUUAUUCUGGUACAUAAGGAUUAGUGCAGUUCUGUGAUGUGCAUAUUUAAAUAGUUUGUUGAAA